GUGCCCUGCCGGGAUCCCUUCUCUACCCCUCCGCCUCAGCCUACCACAGCCAGGAGGCCAUUCACCACCUCGCCGACUCUCUUCAGCAGCUUUCUUUGGCCAUUCGCCCCGAGGGCCCCCCGCGCAGCACCAUUCAGCACUUGCACCAGGGCAGCUUACGGUCUCUUACAGGUGCCGGCUCUACGCCCUUGGCUCGUGCCACCCGUGCCUGGACUUCUGGACUUUGGGCAAAGCUUGUGCUUGAGGAUCAGGCUUUUCUCUUCAGGGCGUCUGUUCAAAGAGGCCGCCGGCUUCGCCCUCCCGUCGGAGCAAUGACGGACUUGGCUACCUUUGUGACUCUGGCCGAUGGCCAGCUGAGGUUCCUAGCACUGAGUUGGCCGGAGGAAGGUCGUACCGUUCCGGUGCCAGAGGCCGUGUGUGUGCCCGUGAUGAAGAGGCAGGAGGGGCUCCUGCUUUGCAUUCCCUGCGGCUUUUUGUCUCUUGCCACCUUGGACGAGGGAGAGAAUGCCGACGCCCACUCCUUGGUGGGCCCUUCCCAUCAGUGCACCGUCCCCUUUGCAGUUUCGGACGAGCAGGGUGUCGAACAGCCUUUGGAGAUGGAGGGCUCAGUGCUACUUGUGGAUUUUGGGGCCCGGGUUCUUCCUCAGCUGCGAGACCUGGGCGAGGACAUCAUCUCAGACGCCCUCUUCCCCUUCGACCUUCACCAGCUCGAGGCCGUUCCGAUGAGCGAGGAGUUGCUUGCUGUCGCGAGGAGGUGGGCUUCUGUGACUCAAGCCGACCGGGCCGCCUUUUACUCUGCGGUCGAGGAUCAGGCUGCGACCGAUGUGGGCGCAGGGGGAAAAGCCAAGGCAAAACGAGCGGCCCCAAAGAAGAAGGUCACUGCUGCGGACCUUGCUCAGCAGAUGUCCUUCCUUACUGCUAUGCUACCUCAGCUGGCCGAGCAACUGACGGCGGUCAAGGAGAAGCAGGAGGACCUCGAAAAGAAGGUGCAGCCUGGACCCCCCGAUCCCGCGCCGAGUCCGGCCAAGCCUGCUCAUCAGAUGCCCUUUCUACCUCCGCGAGGUCCAGGCCUUCCUGUGGCGAAGCAGGCAUCACUAGUGGGGCCGCCACCUCGCACCCGCAACCAGGAUGCUCCGCCUGUUUUGGCUGCUCCUCUACCUCUGGCUGCCGAGCCCGCUGCAGCAGGUGUUGGUGCGGUCCCUCAGGACAGCUUCCAGGCGGCCAUGCUUCAGCAGAGCCAGGCCCUUACUGCCCUGGUCGGCCAUCUGAUGUCACAGCAGGACGGCGGGUUGGGCGACUUGUCCGCCUCGAGCUCUACAAGUUAUGUGGGUUCCAAGGGGGCUGCCCGUCGGGAGAGGCUACAGGCGGCCCUUGCAAAUCGGAGCGGCGACUUCUACCUUGCUGUGUUGCAGGCGGCCGCCACGAGGUUGACACCGUCUUCCCCAGCCCCGGCAUCCUUAGGAGAAUGCUUGGGGCAGGUGUCGAUGUGCCAGUACUUCGAGCGUUUCGGCGGGUUUGCUGGGCAACGGGAGACGGGCUACACCAUGUGGUGCCUGGCUCAUGUCAUGGACUGCCUCACUUCGGAGGAUUACGCUGGGGCCCGGGAGUUCUUGGCUGUGACGGUCGUGGCGCUAGACCAGUCUGCCUUGGACGGAGGCAGGUGGGACUUCGCUUGGCUGUUGACUUUGCUAGAAGAGCCCCCUGCUCAGUUAUUUCACGGGCGGGGGGCGGUGGCCAACCCGCGAACUCGUGCGUUCUCUCCUUUGUCUCCGGUCGGCUGGACCACCUGCGCUCUGCAAUACCUCAAGGAGGUCGAUCUGAUCACGACCCGCAGGCUGGAGUCUUUGGGUUCACAUCGUCAGCCGGCCGCGCCACCCGCCGCGGACACAGAAGGCCAAGAUGGCAACAAGCCGAAAAGGCUUUCCCGGCCUGCUCCGCCUUCGGGGGUGAUCUUCCCGGUGCCCCUUCCUUUUGCUGGUGUUUUCGCCCGCUUCCCUUUGGAUUGCAGCUCGCGUGUUCGGAGACGCAUCAUGCACCGGCGUCUCGUUCACAUCGUUUGCAUGGCUUUGAACUUUCUCCAUGCGAACUUUGUGCCAAUCCCGCUGCCUAUGAUCCAACGGCCUAUGAAUGUUGCACAGCGAUGCCUAGUUGCGCAUGUAGGCCGCCAUUUGAAGGCGUUCGGUGCCUCGGUUGGUGAGUUUGUUCUUGCCGGCUCUGGCCGCCGCAAUCCCCAAUUGAUUGCACGACUUUCUGAGCUCAUGUCUUUUCUUGCAGCCUCGGCUGCCACGGGGGACUCUUACGCUGAUCGUUCAGGCACUGUGGUCCCGACGCACAACGAAGCCCAUCCUGGCCUGGAUCCUUUUAGGUCUUUGGAUGUUUCGAGGUUGAAGCUCUCGGGGCAGGGCCUUUGGGACCCUACCCCGUAUCUCCCGGAUGAGCUCUUCAUGGCUUUCUCCGAGCCCCGCUCUCUUCUUCAUGGGCGCCCGCCUCCUGACUCCUUCGUGCCUGUCUGGACUCGUGAGUGCCCUCAAGAGGUAGCCUCCCUUGCUGCUAUGUGGGACAGGCUUGGUCUUCUUCGCCUGGCGCCCGCUUCCCUACUUGAGUCUGAGGCUUAUCUGCUGGCACGCGCUUUCAACUGCUACAAGGCGCCAGACAAGGAUCGUAUGAUCAUUGAUCGCAGGGGCCAGAACUGGGCCGAAUCUCGGCUCCCUGGCCCUAGCCUCUUCAUACCUGUUGGGCCCAUGCUGGGCAUGCUAGAGGUCGACCCCGCCCGCCAGACGGUCUACUGCGCAGCGUCCGAUCGUAAAGAUUUUUAUCAUCAGAUUGCUGCCCCUCCCGCCAAGGCCUUGUCUAACGUGUUGGGCCCAGCUCUGCCUCGCGAGAGUGUCUGCAACUUGGCGGCUUUUGGUCACGUGCUGCCCUCCCUUUCUGGACUUGGGUGUGCCGGUGGGCCUCGUCACAGGUUGGCUCCUCCAAAGCGUGGCUCGUUGCUUUUUGAGCCGAAUCACUACCUUGUCUGUUUCGGGGCUAUCGCCCAGGGCGACCAUUUGGGAGUCGAGGUCGGUUCGGCCUCGCAUGAGGGUCUUCUUCUCUCUGGUGGACUUCUUUCAGAGGACGUUCGGCUUUGUUCCAACAGACCCUUCAAGGGCAUUGCCAGGGCCCAAGGCUUGGUUAUCGAUGAUUUCUUUUCGAUCAGCGUGUCUGACCUUGCCGAUGGCGGCCCACCUCCUUGUGUUGAUGAUCUGCAUCGUGCCAAAGCCAUCUAUGCGGCGGCCGAGCUCGCUGGCUCAGAUGACAAAGAUGUCUGGGGGGAGCAACGUGCACGCAUUGCGGGCGCCGAAAUUAACUCCGGUCCGCACGCUCGUGCCCUCAACAUCGUCACCGUUGCCGCCCCUGCCGCGAAGCGUGUUGCUUUGGCUCUGCUUUCUCUUGAGGCUGCCCGCCUGAGCCACGUCACUGACACUCUUUGGCUGUCGCUCGUUGGCAGUUGGACUUCGGCGGCUUUGUUUCGGAGGCCUUUCAUGUCGAUUUUCUCCGAGGUUUACAGAGUUGCUCCUGCUAGCCACGCCAAGGCCGCCAGGCCCACCUUGUACCCCCUCCCGAGGCCUGCCGCGCAGGAGGUUGUGCUUGCGAGCGUGCUGUCGCCUCUUGCUGCUUGUGACCUUGCUGCCCCCUUUCGAGCCGAGCUCUUUGCAACUGAUGCCUCUGAGGCAAAGGGGGGUUAUACUGUUGCCAAGGCUGGUGUCGACCUUAUCCGGCCUCUUUGGAGGACUGCCUCAAAGAAGGGGGGCUACAGCAGGUUACUUUCGAAGGAGGAGGCCGUUCUCACGAGAUUUGAGGACCGCGAGCCCUUUGACCUGCGAAUGGUCUCUCCUACCUCGCAGACCGAUCCUGGUCGGCCGCUUGCUUACUACUUUGACGUGCUCGAGGUUGGGGCCUCCGGUGGCCAGGUGUCUGCCUUCCUCUCCUCGUGGGGUCGCUCCGUUGGGCCCGUGUUCGCUGUUGAAGUGAGCCCUGUCUACGACUUGGCGCAGGCCCUCGACGUGCUGCGUGCUUUUCGGUGCUUGGCUCUGCUUCUCAGUGCUCGCGGCUGUUCUGUGCCAGCCCUUCUUCUUCAGGCUGCCUCCAUCCUCCGCCUCAUCCGUGCUUUGGCGCCCUCGGGCCCCUGCCGUGUCGUCAUCUUGGUGGACUCGGCCGUUGCCGCGACCUGCCUUCUUGCCGGUGUCUUCCCUGCGUUCCACUUCGUCCCUACAAGGCUGAACCCGGGUGACUGUCCCACUCGUGACCUUCCUCUGCCUGAGCCCUGCCCGUGCGCGUUCUGGCCUUCCCUUACCACUGACGAACUCUACGAAGGCUUGUCCCUUCCGAAGCUUCGCCGUUGGGCCUCGAAUUGGGCUCGUCUGGUUUUCCUGUGCAUUGGUGCUCCGCCUGUGCUUCGGCCUUCCUUAGGCUGGCGUGUGACUCACCGCACCUCACGUCUCUUCGACUCCUCUUUAGGGUUUCCCGGCGAGGGUCCUUUCUUCAGGGUGUUCUGGGUCUGGUUUGGGAUAGUAGGCUCCUAUGCCGCCACAAGCCAUGUCCUUCGCCCGCGCAACCCUGCAGACGAAAGGCGCUCUAGAGCGCGCUCUGCCACGGUGCUUGUCGAGGGUCGUCCCGUGGAACCUGUGACAAAGAAGCGAAGGGAGAAGCUCCUGCAGGCCUUCUCGGCAUGGCUCACAGAGCAGGGGGCUGACCUGGAAAGUCUUCUGGACCUCUCACCUUUGGGUACAAAGAAGCUUAACAGUUUUUUGGUGUGUUACGGCAGGCAGCUUUUCGAUGCUGGGUGGCCUUAUUCUCACUACUCAGAGGUCAUCAACGCCGUCUCCAGUAAGGAGCCUGGAGUCAGGCGUUGCUUGCAGCCCUCGUGGGAUCUGGCAUUUGCCUGGCUUCGAGAGGAGCCUCACUCGCACCAUGUUGCUUUGCCCUGGCAGGUCCUUGUCGCGGCCAUCACGCUCUCGCUGUUGUGGGGCUGGCCUCGAGUCGCCGGCAUGCUGGCAAUGACCUGGGGCUCGGUUAUGCGGAUUGGUGAGUCUCUGGCAGCUUGCAGGCGCGACCUGCUCCUUCCAGGAGACGUCUGUGACACGAUGGCUUUUGCGCUCAUUUCUAUAAGUGAGCCUAAGACCCGUUUUCGAGCUGCAAGGCACCAGUCGGCGAAACUGGAUCAACCUGACCUUUUGGAAGUUGUCCAUUUGGCGUUUGGUCACCUGAGUUUGGACAGUAAACUCUGGCCUUUUUCGGCAUCAACUCUUCGUUGCCGUUUUGACGCUCUCAUGGACAGGCUGGGAGCAAACACUUGGGCAGGCCAGGGCUCGCGAGCCUUGGACCUAGGCUCGCUGAGAGCGGGAGGCGCCACUUGGUUGUUACAAGUUUCGGAGGAUUCUGAGCUGGUUCGUCGUCGCGGGCGCUGGCUCAACAGCAGGACAAUGGAGAUCUACAUCCAAGAGAUUUCAGCUUUGCAAUUUAUGCAUCGCUUGGCCCCGCAGUCGCGCUUUCGGGUCUUCUCCCUUGUGGACUCCUUUCGUAAGGUGCUGAGCCUAGCCCAGCAGCUUCAGGCCUCUUCGACGCCGACGAGCCAGUGGUACACGUUUUUCGCCGGUGGCAUGCGUCAUAUGCAAGGUGUGGAAGGUGUGGUUGGAGGCUAA